CGGCCGGCCGAGGUGGGUCCGGAGCUCCGGGACACGGGGGGAGCGCACCGUGCGUCCUCCUCUUUCUGCGGGCCGAGGCAGAGCUGGGGUACGGUGCGGCGGAGGAGGGGGGGGCACCCAAAGCCGGACCCCCACCACCAUGCAUGGAGCCCCCCCCCUCCCAUCCCAACUCCCGGCGUGCCCUCGCCGCUUCUCCAGUGCUUCCAGCAGCCGCUGCUUGGGAAGCUCCUACCGGGGCAGGCGGGCAGAGGAGAGAGCGCUGGAAAUACCCGGGCCGGCCAUCGCGGGGAGCCGGGGCUGGGGGGGAGGCGGCCCCCAAGAGCCCCCCCCCCCAACCCCCCCCAGGAGGCGGGUGCUGCCGGCCGCCCUCCCCGGCGCUGCCUGCGCCCUCCCCUCUGAUCAUGUUGACAUAUUCACACGGCCCGGAGUACUAGUGAUGCUUUGCUGCAGCGUUACAGUUUCCGACACCUUCUUUUUAUAACUCGGCUCUGUCCCCCUUCCACUCGACCUGUCAAAACCACGCCUAUGGAGCCUCACAAUUGGUCCGAAAGCGUCAAAGAGCCAAUCAAGGAGGCUCCAGCUCCCUUGUAACCCACAACACAUCCAUACAAUCUGGUGCACGCAGAGCACAGACUCACAGGGAAUUCUCAGAGCUGAGAGGCUCCUUCUCCCUCUCUCCCUCUCUUUCUCUUUUCCUCUCUUUCUCUUCCCCCCCCCCCCCCCCCCUUCCUUUCUCUUUCCCUCUCUUUCUCCCUCUCUCCUUUGCUGGAGUGGUGCUGGAGAGGAGACAGGAGUAUAAUUAUUCCAGAUUUUUUUUAUUUUUAAGGUAGAGUGAAAGAGAAAGAGAAGGGAAAAAAAAUAAAGGAAAAGGAAAAGGAAGAGGGUGAGGGUGAAAGAAAGAAGAGAUCCUGAUGGAAAUCAGGGCACCCUGACCAGCUCCUUCUUGGAGAGGGGGGAAGGCGAGGCAAAACCGAGAUUUCCCUACAAGUUUUUCCUGCUGAAGGUUGCUCAGGAGCCUUCCUCGGCCGGCGAAGGGGGGGUGGGUUUGUUUUCUUCUCUCUGCUUUCCCUCCCUUCCCAGCCUCUGCUCUGCAGCCUGACCGUACGGAGGAAAGGUGGAGGGGUGGGGGGGAGGGGGGGGGAAGAGCCAGCCACCCAAAAAGAAAACCCAGCUUCGAGCCGUCACCCUCCGCCACGAAAGAAGAGACGGGGGAUCGAGACUCACAGAAAGAAGAAGAAGAAGAAAAAAAAAGGGGGAUCUCGGCUUGUCCAGCCCUUCUGCGGCAACAGGAGCAGACAGCGAACCCGGUGGAUUUUUCUUCCCCCCCCACCCCUUCCCUUCUUCGGCGUUUCUUUUCCAGUGCAAGGACUUCCACUCAGGACACACAUACACAAAAAGAGAAAGGCAAACCGCAGAGACCGAAGACAAAAAAAGCAGGACUAAUAAUGAACAAUCCUGUUAAUCCGCUGUCCCGAGGGCUGGGGAUGUGCCCCGGCUCGGGAAGUGGUAGGCUGUAGAAGUUCUGCCUCUCCCCCAUGUACUGUGCUGUCUAGAGCUUGUUUCCCCCCACCCUGUAUUUUUUUUUUUUUGGUGCUUUCUUGCUGUUAUUGUUAUUAUCUUAAUUUUUCUUCUUCAUGAUGUGCUGUUAGAAACCACUCCGGGACUACUCCAGCAGUAGGAAGACCGAGGAGUGGAGUGGAUGAAUAUACCGAUGAGAGAUCCAGUAAUCCCUGGGACAAGCAUGGCUUAUCAUCCUUUUUUACCGCACCGGGCACCGGACUUUGCCAUGAGCGCUGUGUUGGGACAUCAGCCUCCCUUCUUCCCGGCUCUGGCUUUGCCUCCCAACGGGGCGGCUGCUCUUUCCCUUCCCGGGGCUCUGGCUAAACCCAUCAUGGAUCAGUUAGUGGGGGCUGCAGAGACUGGUAUCCCCUUUUCUUCCCUGGGUCACCAGGCAGCAGCCCAUUUGAGGCCUUUAAAAACUCUGGAGCCAGAAGAAGAGGUGGAAGAUGAUCCGAAAGUGCAUCUGGAAGCCAAAGAACUUUGGGAGCAAUUCCAUAAAAGAGGCACGGAGAUGGUGAUUACCAAAUCGGGAAGGAGAAUGUUUCCUCCAUUUAAAGUGAGAUGCACUGGACUGGAUAAAAAGGCCAAGUACAUUUUAUUGAUGGAUAUUGUGGCGGCGGAUGAUUGUAGGUACAAAUUCCAUAAUUCCCGGUGGAUGGUAGCCGGGAAAGCUGACCCUGAAAUGCCAAAGAGAAUGUACAUCCACCCGGACAGCCCGGCCACCGGCGAACAAUGGAUGUCCAAAGUCGUCACCUUUCACAAGCUGAAGCUCACUAACAACAUCUCUGACAAGCACGGAUUUACCAUUUUAAACUCGAUGCACAAGUACCAGCCCCGGUUCCACAUCGUCCGAGCCAACGAUAUUCUCAAGCUUCCCUAUAGCACGUUCAGGACCUACGUUUUCCCGGAGACUGAAUUCAUCGCAGUGACCGCAUACCAGAAUGAUAAGAUCACUCAGUUAAAAAUUGACAACAAUCCCUUUGCCAAAGGUUUUCGGGACACCGGCAAUGGAAGGAGGGAAAAAAGGAAGCAGCUGACCCUGCAAUCCAUGCGGGUGUACGACGAGAGGCAGAAGAAGGAAAACCCCACCUCGGAUGAGUCCUCCAACGAGCAGACGGCCUUCAAGUGCUUCGCUCAGUCCUCCUGCCCCGCCGUACCUGCUGUCGGCACCUCCAGCCUCAAAGAUCUCUGUCCCAGCGAGGGAGACAGCGAUGCAGACAGCAAAGACGAUCCCUUGCUAGAAGCCAACGAGACGAGCAAAAUCAGCACGACCACAGCCACCACCCCAGCGCCCGCCAGCUCCGCCGCGGCUGCGGGAGACGACCCCCGGGAGAAGGGGGGCAGCCCCUCUAAAAGCCACUUCUUCCACAGUGACUCAGCGGGGAGUCGGAGCCGAGAGAGGACGGAGAAAGCCCCUCCGGACUCCCGGCACAGCCCGGCUACAAUCUCUUCCAGCACCCGGGGGGGAAGCCUGAGCAGCGAGGAACUGAAAAGCCCCCUCAGGGAUGGUCCCAAAGUAGAUGAGAACCGGCUGCUGGGCAAAGAACCCUUUGCCCCCCUCACUGUCCAGACCGACAGCACGGCCCACCUGAGCCAGGGACACUUGCAAAACCUCGGCUUUCCCCCUGCCCUGGCCGGCCAGCAGUUCUUCAACCCGCUGGGGAACGGGCAUCCGCUGCUGCUGCACCCGGGGCAGUUCGCCAUGGGGGGGGCUUUCUCCGGCAUGGCCGCCGGGAUGGGCCCCCUGCUUGCUACCGUCUCCGGGGCAUCCGCUGGUGUCUCGGGACUGGACAACACGGUCAUGGCCACUGCAGCGGCCCAGGGACUCUCGGGAGCAUCGGCGGCUGCUUUGCCUUUCCAUCUGCAGCAGCAUGUCCUGGCUUCUCAGGGCCUGGCCAUGUCUCCCUUCGGAAGCCUCUUCCCCUACCCCUACACCUACAUGGCAGCGGCGGCCGCCGCCUCCAGCGCCGCCUCCAGCUCGGUGCACCGGCACCCCUUCCUCAGCGCCGUGCGGCCGCGGCUCCGCUACAGCCCCUACCCGCUGCCUGUGCCCCUGCCCGACGGCAGCAGCCUCCUCACCACCGCCCUGCCCGGCCUGGCCGCCGGCUCCGGCGAGGGUAAAGCGGCUGGGCUGGCAGCCAGCCCCGGCUCCGUGCCCCUGGACUCCGCCUCAGACCUCACCAGCCGCUCGUCCACCCUCUCCUCCGGCUCCGUGUCCCUCUCCCCGAAACUGGGCGCCGACAAGGAGGCGGCCACCAGCGAACUGCAGAACAUCCAGCGCUUGGUCAGCGGGCUCGACCCCAAGCAGGACAGAUCCCGCAGCGGCUCCCCGUAACCCCCCCUUCCACCACCACCGCCUUCGGGAGCUCAUUUCAAAUCAGUCUCGCAGUGCACUUUGUUUGAAAGAAACCACAUCCUCCACCCCGCGAGUGUUUGGGUUUUGUUUCGUUGGGGGUUUUUUAACACCCCCCCCCCCCCCCCCUUUAUUUUGUCUUUUUCUUCCCCUUUAUU